AAUUGUUUCCUGUACAGUCGACGAUGCAGACAACCGGUUUUCAUAUGCGAAAUUUCUCGCCCGCUUUGUCUUAGACUAGCCAUACAUUAUCUAACUUCUGUUGAGUCUACAACAUUUCAACUAAAAUAAGCAGUUUUAUUGUGGAAUUUGCAUCGAAGGUGUUGCUUCAUAAAGUUAAAGGUAGUUAAAAGUCCACACCCGUGGUCUAAUUUGACCAAUACUACUCUUCUUUCCUCUAUCUUGUAUCGAUUUAAACAAACAAGGAUUAAAGAUGUCUGAAAAACCAAGUGUUAUUAUCAUGGGAGGUCUUGGCUUUAUUGGUCGUAAUCUAGUGACCUAUCUUGUUGAGAAUGAUUUAUGUUCUAAGAUACGAGCUGUUGAUAAAGUUCCACCUCAAACUGCAUGGCUUAAUGAGAGACACAAGCAAGCUUUUGAAAAUUCAUCGGUGGAGUUUAAAAGUGCCAAUCUUGUUCACACAUCAUCUGCUGAAAAAGCAUUUCAAGACGGUGCAUUCGAUUUCUGCAUCAAUUUAGCAGCGGAGACAAAAUAUGGACAAACUGAAGAGGUGUAUGAAGAAGGUGUUUUAAAACUUUCACUACACUGUGCAAAUGAAGCUGCAAAACAUGGAGUAAAGAGGUUUAUAGAAGUAUCUACUGGCCAGAUUUAUGCUGGAGACAAAAAAAGAAGUAAGGAAGCUUCUAAGACAUUGCCAUGGACAUUACAAGCAAAAUAUAAGCUCAAAGUGGAAGAGCAGUUGGCUGCUAUUGAGGGGUUAAAUUUUGUAAUAGUUAGACCAGCUAUUGUCUAUGGUUUGGGAGACAAGCAAGGAUUGACACCAAGACUUAUUAUUGGAGCAGUAUAUAAACAGUUAGGUGAAGAGAUGAAGUUACUGUGGACUAAAGAUCUGCGUAUGAAUACCAUUCAUGUUGACGAUGUAUCUCGUGCAUUGUGGCAUUUGACCACCAAUGGAAACAAUGGAGAAAUUUACAAUCUUGUUGAUGAUGGCGAAACAACACAAGGUAUCAUCUCUGAACUUGUAUGUGAACUUCUGGGGAUAAAACAUGAUUAUCAUGGUACAAUUAUAUCGAAUUUUGCCAGGUUAAACAUGAGUGAUAUUGUUGAUGAAUCAAACGAAAAACAUUUGGAACCAUGGUCUGAAGCCUGUCAACGCGACAAUAUUGAAAAUACACCGCUAAGUCCCUACUUAGAUCAGGAACUUUUGUACGAGAAACAUCUUUCAUUGGACGGGAGCAAACUUGAGCAGACUGGGUUCAAGUGUGAGCAUGGUAAACUGACAACAGACAACUUGAAGGAGGUUUUGCAAGAUUAUGUAAAACUUGGACUUUUCCCUUCUUCCUUGGCGCAAACAAAUUGAUAUGAAGAAAUAGAUGGUUUCAUGGAUCUAGAGAAAAUAAUUUUACGUUGAGAAUAUUGACUGAGUUCAUUUAUCAAUUUUUCAAUACAAGCAAUAACUGAGAAAAUGGAAAUGACUACAAGUAAUUUCAGUUUAGAGUAAUGUUAACUGUUCUCGUAAUUUGAAAUAAAAACAUAUAAUGUUUAUUUGGUUUGAAAUAAAUGAAUUAAUUGAUUAUAGUUAGAUUGCAAUGAUUAACUUUGUUUGAUUAUUGUUUAUAAACUAAAACCAGGAAAAGAUUUUGGCUCUUUGCGCUAGAAUGAAAGUCUAGAGUUAACUGUGAACAUACGUAAAUAUACAAACACUAUCAGGUACUUACGAUAACUGAAUAGAGAAAUUAUUAAAUAUGACAUUUGAUAUUGAAAUUAAAUUUGCAUAUUGUUCGCACUGCGUA